AUGGCUCCCAAGAAUGUCACCACCCGGCUUAACCCGCUCCGUUUGAACACCAUCAACCACCUCCGCGUCCGCCGGCCGAACCAGAAUGAGCAGAACACUUGCGUGACUGUCAUGUCCUCGAUGCUGAACUGCUGGGCUUCACACGGAUACGGCUCCGAGGGCUGUGCGGCUCUCGAGGCCCAAUUGCGCAAGUGCAUGGACCAACCUAAACCGCAAGAAAAGAAGAAGAACACCGUCAACUACCACCUGAUGAGAAUGUACCCCAAGGUCGUCGGACCCCGGAAGAAGGACGGUGUGUUGGGCUAA